AUGUCUUCCAAAGUAAUCAUCGCUUCACCACUCGGGAAAUUGAAUGUGUACGUCUUCGGCCGCCAACGUUCGAUCAAAGCCUCAAUCAACAUCAGUCAUCCGGAUAAGAAUCCAGAUCCGAAAUCUAGAAAGUUGUUUGUGAAAAUUGGCAAUUCGUAUGAGAUAUUGAAAGAUGAAGCUACAAGGGAGCAGUAUGAUUAUGCAAUAGCACAUCAAGAGGAGAUGAAUUUUAAGUUUUUGUUUAAGGCAUUUUGGAAUUUCUGUUUCAUUUUGGUGUUUUACAAUGCUGCUCGAUCCUACCGAGCAUAUUAUGGUCACAGAACGGAUACACUUGCGGUCCUGGUUGGUGUUCUACUGAUUCUUUCAGUUUUUCAAUAUUUCAAUCGGUUGACCAGAUAUAAUCAGGCUGUAGACAAAAACAGUCUGCGGGCAUUGGAACUUGAACGCAGUGGAGGGACAACAAAUAUGAAGAAGAGUAACAGACAAAUGGACAAGAAAAAAGAGGAAGAUCUCAGCAAAGAGCUUGAGCUGGACAUUAAGGGAGCUGAAAAGCCAUUCAUCUGGGAAUUAAUUGGUGUGCGUUUCAUUCUUCUCCCCUACACUAUUGGCAAGGCCCAUUACAUGCAAAUAAAAAACAACCCAAAUCCAGUGACCCAAGACCAACAGUGGACCAACCCAACACGCAGCCCAGAUCCAAGUCCUCAACCCGAAGCCAACCUGGAGCAGCCCGAACUGUCUGCAACCCGAUGCAAGCUAGAGUUUUCCAACCCUAGCCCCAAUUUCUCAGCCCAGCGCCGCAAGCAGAACUGCAUGCCUCUCCCCCGUUCUUCUCAGCAACAAACAACCAUCGUGCGUGUAUGGGACUCCAACCAACAAGCAUGCAAACAGCAAGUUUUAUUUUGAUUAGGACUCUACAACUGAGGCUUAAAAUAGCAAAUCCUAGGGUAUAAAUAAACAUGUAAUCGAACCCAUUCAGGGGGUCAUGAAUACUACACAAAUACACAAGAAAUUAUUCA